CUCAUGUGUCUACAUGAAGACACUAUUUUGGGCUGGAGCUGUGCGUAAAACGUACUGCCAAUCUGACAGGUAACGUUGUUCUGAACUGGCAGACCAACACCAUGAGAGGAUGACUGUGUCGCUAGCUUUACUUGACUUGACUAGUUUUCUUUAUCUCGAGAGAUAUUAUUUUCUGAGUGAUCAUUUACAACUCAACAGUACGGUACCGCUAAUGCGCUUGUAGUCCAAAACCGUGGCUGUGGUAAGAUGUACAGCUUCGUCUACCACCCUCUGAGUGUUUGCAGCUUCAACAGCUACGGCAGUGCGGGCUCGGACCGGUAAUCAUAUGCUUACUAGGCAUUCUCAUCGCUUCAGAAAUCAAUAUCCCAGAGUAUAUAAAGAGAAAGAACACCAGUAAUUUCUCACUGUUCAAUAUCAAAAUGCAAUCCUUCGCUUUGGCCACCAUCACCUUCCUCGCCGGCACUGGACUGGCAGCUCCAUCGAUCAACGCCCGCAGCUAUGUCCAAGUCCAAGUUCAGUUCCAGGGCGCUGCUGGUGUCGCUCAGACUCAGUACGUUCCGGCUGACGGUAGCACUUAUCCCGUUUACUCUGACUUCAGUGUUUCCCAUAUUGCUAUCAUCAACGAUGUCCCUGCAAGCGUCAACUGCUUUGCUGAGGGCGUUGAUGGCUCUGAGACCUAUACUUAUGGCACUGAGACCGUCGACGUUGGCCCACCUCAAGUUCAGAUGUCAAUCAGCUGCUAUCAGAGCCCGGCCUGAUAAUUUGGACAAUGCUGAUGGAUACCUACGCGACAAAUUCUAGCGGUAUGUUACCAGUAAAUCUGGUUGUUCGGAUUUGGAAACGGGAUCUGGAGGGGCGUUUGGGUAAAAAUGGACGCAAGACAUUCUUUCGCACACACUUCGGGUGGCCACCCAUAUAAAACCAAGUUUCAAUAUUCACUAUAGACAAUUAAGAGUUUCAACAACAUCA